GAGCUUGCCCUGGGCCGCGCGCCGAGCCCCGUGGAGCUCGUAGGGAUCACGCAGGGUCACGCACGGCGCCGCAGAGCCUGCCGGGAGCUCGGUGUGCGAUGGCGGCGCCCAGCCUGAGAGGUCGCCUAGCGCGGCUUGGAAACCCGCGGAGUCCCAUACUGAAGCCCAACAAGCCUCUCAUCCUAGCUAACCGUGUCGGGGAACGGCGCCGAGAGCGGGGCGAGGCGACCUGUAUCACGGAGAUGUCGGUAAUGAUGGCUUGCUGGAAGCGGAAUGAAUUCCGCGACGAAGCGUGCAGAAAAGAGAUCCGGGACUUCUUUGAUUGUGCUUCGAGGGCUGAGGCAGCCCGAAAGAUGAGAUCAAUCCAGGAGAACCUGGGAGAGUCCGGGAGUUUACCCCCCAAGAAAAUUAAUAAGUUGUUACAGAGGUUUCCUAACAAAUCUCAUGUCAGCUGAAAAUGGAGAAGCGUUUUCUAUGACUGGACUGUAGCUUCUAAGAACUAUGCAGAGGCGUUUUAGAGACAUGUACACUGCCAUGCUCUCUUUGAAGAGUAAAAGGAGGGAAAAAUACUUUUUUCAUCCUUUAGAAUUGUUGUCUGGGUGUAAGUUAUGCUUUAUCUUGAAAUAAAAUCCUCUGAAGAGAA